AUGAGUGUCAAGUUUUGUGAGCAUUGUAAGGCAGGCGACGUCCUUCCAGGAGAGCCAAAGGGCGAGAUAAAGGAUGGAGCGUACUUUAUUGCGGGUUCUGACAGCACUGCCAACACGAAGGCCAUUGUACUUCUGACAGAUGUAUUUGGCUUGCCCUUGGUUAAUAGCAAGAUCAUUGCUGACCAGCUUGCUGAGAACGUUGGAUGUGACGUCUGGGUACCAGACCAAUUCAAUGGUAACCCACCAUUUGGGCUGAACGAUUUGGACGGGGCCAUACCUCAGAGGCCAGGAGAAAAGAUCCCAUUCCUGGCUAAGCUCAGUCUCAUCUGGACCAUUAUCAAAGGUUUGCCAAGCCUUAUCAGUUCACGUCCCUCGGUUGUCGAUGGACGUAUUCAUACAUUCAUCAAGAAAAUAAAAGACGAAAAGAAAUAUACGAGAAUAGGUGCUGUGGGGUAUUGCUUUGGAGGCUCAACGCUUGUGCGAUUGGCUUCAAAGGAUCUUAUAAAUUCUGCCGUCGUCGUUCAUCCGGGUAGGAUCACCACGACGGAAAUAGCAGCAAUGAAAAUUCCUACUUCAUGGCAGUGCGCUGAAGAGGACAUGGCGUUUGGACCGAAGCUGCGCAAUGAGGCCGAGGCAAUUUUCGCUGCUCGGAAGGAUAAGCCUGAAUUCAUUGAUUAUGAGUUCCACGAUUAUAAAGGUACGGUGCAUGGAUUCGGUGCACGUCCAAACUUUGCCAUUCCAGAGGCCAAGGAAGGCUUUGAAAAGCAAUUUGAGGCAACUGUCCAAUGGUUCAAAAAGACUCUUUGA